AAACUACCCCUCAACACACAAACAACCAUACACUAAAUAAAUUAAUAAAUCAUAUUACUUAAGAAAACCCAUUUUUGCAAUGGCUAAAUUGGCAUUAGUAGCUACAAUUAUGGCUUGCAUGGUGAUAGUUGGUUCUCAUGGUCAAGCAACAUUGAGUUGUGACCAAGUCACAGUUUGGCUACUUCCAUGCGUAAGCUAUGCAGUUUUGGGAGGGAAUGUGUCACAAUUGUGCUGCCAAGGUAUAUAUUCUCUUAAUAAAGGAUAUAAGAAUGGAGAUGAUAGAAGAUCUGCAUGCCAAUGCAUUAAGGAUAGGGCUGCCCUUAUUCCUGGGAUUGAUUAUAAACGUGUUAAUCAAAUUGCUGGUUUAUGUGGCACUAAAUGUCCCUACAAAGUUUACCCAACUACUAACUGCUCCAAGGUGCAGUAAGCAGCAGCAAAGAGUUCUAAUUAUUGGCCUAAUCGGGAUCAGGAUCGUUAUUCACCAUGACUUGUAUAAAUAAAGAUCAUUAAAUAAUUGAUCUAUAUAUAUAUUAAUAUAUAAUAUAUAGAAAUAUUUAGCAAUAAUUGGAAAUAAAUAAGAAAAAUAAGGUGUACGUUACGAUCCAAUUAUCAAUUUCUAUAUCGAUCAUCAAUGAAAUACCUCCCUUCAAGUGUU